AGAUUACAAAAUUAUCAUUAGAAGCGCUUCAGAUCUUAAAAUCUGUUUUGACCUUCUUUUUUUUUAAAUGUUCCUCCUCAAAACUCCGUCGAAUCAUCUCAAUGGCAUUGAACGCCCUUCUUAUUUUCUCUAUCAAAAUAAGGAAAAAAGAAGACGAAGAAAAGAAGCUGCAUCCUCAUCACCACUAUGCAGCUGGCUUCCGGUGGCAAGGCUUCUUGGACACGGUCGGGACUGGUGCACCACCUGUCUGGGUACCCGCGUGGGGGGGCACCCUCCCCGUUCCAGACGCCGAGGGCAGCACCGAGAAGCCGCUGCCGCUGCCCGGCUUUCCGGUGGGACGGGUCGAGCUGCCGCUGCCCCCGCUGGCACCACCGCUGGGGUGGCCUGGGUGACCUGUGGGAAUGGUCCCGCUGGGGUGACCCGAGUGACCUGUGGGAAUGGUCCCGUUGACGUGCGCAGAGGCCGACACGCUAGGCCGCGUGCUCAGCGUCGGCGAGGGGAAGCCAACGGUGGUGGAUG